AUGGCCUCGAGAUUUGAGGCAAUCUCCGGCGUGUGUCUUAGGAAGUUCAGGAUAUUAAGAGACCAAGGUUUCAGUGAGCACGCGCGCCUAGUGGUGGACCGGCCGGAGAUCAAGGACCAGCAGGCGGGCUUCGAGGCGCUGGGCGGCCGCUGCGAGUCGUGCGGGACGUGCGACGAGAGCUGCCUCAAGAAACUCGGCCUCGAGCACGAGGACGGCUCGCGCUCGCCCUCCAGCAUCUCCCCGAAGGCCGAAAAGAUGUACACCUUCUUCGAGAAGAGCCUGUCGCUGCUCCACGAGCGCCGUGCGGAGGACCACCUCCUGCGUACUGUCAACCUCGCCGCCUCUAACGCCGUCCUGUCGCGCAUCACGGCGCGCCUCAAGGCCGUCACCAACACGCAGGAGUCCGUCGAGGAGGUGGACGAGGAAGUGGAGCGGUCGGCGGCCGCGGCCAUGACCAAGGACGCGGUGGACCAGGCGUCGAGAGCGCGGCGGGGCGAAGGCAGGGCGACCAGCGAGGGUGCGACGCCGGAGUCUGCGGCGGACGAGGAGGAAGAGGAGGAGGAGGAGGAAGAAGAGGUCGCCGCGCAAAAAUCAAAGACGGAAAUGACGCCCAAAGGGAAGCCUUCGAUGGAACCAGCAGCAAAAGACGAAGCUUCGGAGACGACGACCCCUGAGGUGAAAGACGCAGCCGGUUCCUCCGCAGAAACACCAAAGACCAAGGUAGACGACUCGACUUCAGGCCAACCAGUGGUAUCCAGUCAAGUCGUUUCGCCUGACACUGCAGCCAAAUCACUCGGUCUGACAGAGGAACCGACAGCGAUGUGCCUCCAGGAACACCAGCUGACGGCCGUUCCUCAUGCUGACCCGAGCCAGACAGAGCACAAGCGAAUCAAAGAUAACCCCCUUGUUAAAUAA